CAUUGAUAAGUAGCUAGCUAAAUGUGCGGACUAAGCUUGCUAACGUUAGCUGUUGUAACGCGUAGAUCACACCUACCCUAUCAUUGUACAAACGUGUAUGCGUUCUUCCAGGAAUGAAAUUUGAGGGGCCGUGGACCUGAACUGAAACCAUUUGUCUGAAAUGGCAGCAUUUUCUCACGAAAUUAGCCGCGAUGCUAAGGGCGAACAGCUAUGUUAAUUAUUAGGCUACGUCCGGUAACUAAAUUCCUAUCGCUGAAUUUAAAUCGUAUAAGUAGUUGGACGUGGGAAAACUUUGUCCGUUCAAACGUUAUUACCACUAUUCCACGGACGUGUUGUUCUAGUCAAAACAAACAUUCACUACACAUUUGAGGAUAAUAAGUUAACAGAAAUGGACACUGGAUUUUUUUCCCCCUUAACAUUUAGUCAUUUAGCAAAGUGGUUCCCAACCAGGGGUACUAGGACCCCUUGGGGUACAUGGCCUCUCCACACGGGGUACUUGAAAACACUCAUGACACCAUAGGUGUAAAAUUAACAUGAGAGGGUAGUUCAGGAGAUUUCUUAUCCAGUUAGCGCCUUUAUCUUAACAUCUGACUACCUGACAAGAGUAUUGUAGUUAUAGCCUUGAAAUGUAGGAUUACAAAUUAAGUUCAUAAGGACAAUGGUAUCCAAAGUUGGCUAUGCUAAUUGUAAUUAUAAACGUUUUGGGUAACACUUUAUUUUGAGAGUCCCAAUUUCUAUCUGUAGAUGAUCUAUAGAUAGUUUGUUGAUGGUAAUACCUGUUCAUAAGCAACAACUUGCUAAGGUUAGGUUUAGAAAAAGGUGUUGGGUGAGAGUUAAGGUUAGGAUAAAGGUUAGGGUUAGUAGAUAGUGUAAAUGUUGCUGAUGGUAGAUAAUCAAUAGAGCAUCUACAGGCACAUUUUUGGGGCUCUCAAAAUAGUGUUAUCUUUAAUGCAAUGACAACUAGUUUUUAAUAAAGGUUUACUUAUGAAUGGAAAAGCAACUUAUAAGAGAACUGCAUUGAGAUGUGAAUCAGAGGAAACUUGUCUGGAUCUUCGACUAACCCGAAUCUGCGGCGCGUUGCUGCUAUUUCUUGAGAUCCAGAAUUGGACGUCAGGAAAUUGGGAGGGGAGAAAGAUUGGGUUAUCUGAGGAACCAGCAGUAUGAAUCCAGUCCAAUCAGAGAAGGAAACCUUGAUUGAUGAAAUCGAACAGAGUUUGUUUACUUUAACUGAGGACAAUUUACGUUUCCUGUGUGAACGUCAUGGACAAGAUGGCAAGGAUGGACAUCAAAUGAAGGCAAUGAAUCAUCGCUUAUUAAGGCGGAGAAUCAUGGAGUUAAUGUGGGAUCAUACGGACUCAUCUAAAUCGGAGAGACAUGGAAUGUCUUGGUUACUCCGACUGAAAAAGGACAUCACCGGGAUGCAGGAGGAUGACGAGGAUGAUGUAGACUGUGAUGAAGAAUAUGAUCAAGAAGACAGUGAUUGGUUGCCCAGCAGAAGACUGGAGACGGAGCGCUCGAGUCCAGGCCAAUCUGAUGAGGAUGAUGAUGAUGCUGCGGACUCCAAUGAAGAAUGGGACUUGGGAGACAAGGAUCGCUUGCCUAGCAACAGGCUGGAGACGGAGCCACUUCCUGAGAGCCCCGUACAAAAUAAGAGAGACAAGCCUUCUUCUCUGUGCCCCUCUGACCCCCUGGAGUCCCCAGGUCGUGGUGACUGCAGGAACACACUGGGGAAGAGUGAACAUGUAAUAGACAAGACAACUCACACAUCUAAUGCUGAACAAAACAAAACUGUCUCAGGAAAUGGGCUUGGCAACUAUGUCUGUGACCACUGUGGAAAGAGUUUUACCACAGCAAAAAAUAGAAAACGACACUUGCAGUAUCUUCAGCGAUGCCAAGAACCUAAGAAGUCUCACGUGUGCUCUAAAUGUGGAAAGGGAUUCCCUCUGCCAGGCAGUCUUAAGAGACACCUGAGAACUCAUACUGGGGAGAAACCAUAUGUUUGCCAACACUGUGGAAAAGAAUACAAUGAUUCUGGAAACUUACAGAGGCACAUCAGAACGCACACAGAUGAGAAACCAUACCACUGCUCAGAUUGUGGGAAGAAAUUUCGUGUUAAAAUAAGCCUUAUACAUCACCGAGAAGGUGUUCAUACAGAACACCCUCACCGCUGUGGUCAAUGUAAGAAGAGCUUCAUAACUGCAGCAAGAUUGGAAUCACACACAAAAAUAAGACACCCACCAAAUGAUCCUCUCAAAAAUCCACAUGUGUGCUCAGAAUGUGGAAGGGGAUUCACUUAUGCCGCCAAUCUUAAAUUACACAUGAGAAUCCAUACUGGGGAGAAACCUUAUGUUUGCCCUCGUUGUGGGAAGGAUUUCACUCAGUCUGGACUCUUACAGAGACACAUGAGAACACACACGGGAGAGAAACCUUACCACUGCUCUUUGUGUGGGAUGAAGUUUCGUUGUGCGAAAACGUUAGAACGGCAUCACCAGGAGAACCACAAGGGGGAGACACUGGGGCCCAUCCGUAUGCAUCAGGAGCCUCUUCCGUGCCCCCACUGUGAGGAGAAGUUCCCUACCAAGGCUCUUCUGAAGGAUCACCUGCAGAACAACCAUAACAGCAUAGUUCAUAGACGAUUCCAUUGUCCGCAGUGUGACAAGACUUUUUCUACUAAAGCUUACUUACUUGUUCAUCAGAGGAAACACACUGGAGAGAGACCUUAUCUUUGCCCUCAGUGUGGAAAGAGUUUUUCUCUCUCAGGGAGCUUAAAACUUCAUCUCAGGAUUCAUGCUGGUGAGAAGCCUCACAGCUGUUCGUACUGUGACAAGAGAUUUACAAGUAGAAGCCAGUUAAUUAGGCACUUGCGAAUCCAUACUGGAGAGAAACCAUACCAGUGUCCUGAUUGUGGACGGUGUUUUGCAUGCGGUAAUAUCCUGAGAAAUCACCGGCGGACCCACACAGGAGAGAAACCGUUCCAGUGCAAUGAGUGCAAUAAAGCCUUUGCUCAACUGACUAGUCUGAAGAAGCAUCAAGAGACACACAGACCUUCUCAGCCCGUCUCUGUCCGAAAUCCCUACCUGCCUCACAGUCAGCCCCUCCCAUAUCCCUACCUGUCUCAAAAUAAGCCCCACUCACAUCCCUACCCACCACAGGCUUCAUGGUAACCUUGCCUACAACUGUCCAACCCAUAUACAGAAGGUUUACCGCCUUGAGGAAAUUAGUUGGAAGCCUUUCUAAGGUAUUGUAACACUGGCUUUGUUUCAGUCUAUUCAAAAUGGUACCCUGUGUACCAAGGCAUAUAUACACAUCUUGUAGGUCAUGUAGCAGAUGCUCUAUCUUAUCCGGUACAGCAGGACUCAGUAGUGCAUACCUUUUCAUAUUAUAAUCUUUUUUACUGGCCUAAAAAUGACAUUAUUAAAUGAUCCAUUCUCAUUACCUUUUUCAAUGCCUCUGUUUGAGAGUAACCACCCUGAGCCGUUUUCUAAAAUGUUGCAUGAGUCACUGAGGAUAGAAACGUUCUAAUAUCCAUCAUUCAGAAUCCUUUCCAGGUCCUCGAUCAGGAAGUGCAUUUUGGUAAGUUGUAUUAAUACAUGAAAAUACAGCUAAUUAUUUAUUUUGCAUACAAUAUAGAGUAACUUACGUUUAUUUUAAUUUACACUAUCAGUACAUCUCAGUUUGCGUAUACUAAUGUAAAUAACAGAAUUUGACACAGACAUAGUUACAUACGUGGAAAACACUCACUGUAGACUCCACGCGUUUCCAUAUUCGUCCUCUUUUGCAAAUCUAAACUCCCAACAUUGUUGUCGUAGGCGUCAUACCAACAGAGCUGAAAGUGAAAAUCUCCUGCUGUGCUUCCAUUUCAAUUUGAUCAACAUUUCUUGCCUUUUUAUAGAUUUUUUUCGCUAACAGUUGACAAAUAAAAUCAGUUUGAACAGGAGCUAAUGAAACGGUGACACCUUUAACACAGCUGUAGCAGAAAUAAUACGAGUCUUACAUAAUACAUUAGGGACUAAAUGCAUGACACAAUGUGG